AUGGUAUCACUUCUCGUAGAAACUUCAUACAUAAACCAGUCAGUUCAAUUGCAGAUUCAGCAUUACGGACAAUCAUUUGUUGUAGGGAACAUGAUGAACACACGGACUGAAACGUCCGGAUUUUGCAAUAAUUGCAUUCAUUUUCUAAGUAAUUACAAUUUAUUUCCAUCAACACCCGCAUCAACUAAUAAGCGCGAGUUAUUCGUUCAACAAUUCUCGACGGUGGUAUACAUCCUACUGUCCAUCUGUGCGCUGACACUCCCAUGUGUUUAUGUUCUAUACUGUGUCAAUACAGAGCCGUUAUAUGUGCAAACGAUGGGCUCUAUUAGUCUCGAUCAAUAUUACCAAUUACAGUCACAUUCUCCAACAUCCCUACACUGCAAAUGUUCGAAACCAUUGAUCGCGUAUAAAUCAUUCGUCAAAAUGGAAUUUCAUUUUUAUGAAAUCUGCAGUAGUUACUUCAUAACGGACGACUGGAUUAAACUACUUGCUAUAAACAGUCGUGCAAGUUUAUUCGACAACGAUUUUCGCAAAACAGCUGCACAAACAUUCCAGGCUUUGCAGAUGUUUUGCACAUGGAGCAAGACUUUGGCUGCUCAUCAAAUCGAACAAAUAAAUGCAAACGAAUAUAACGCUGCUGAAAUGUCAUCUCCUGCGGAUUUUCAGAUUGAUAUUGCUCUCGAACUUGAUCGAUUACGUUUAUCAACUAAAACAAGUUUUAAAUUCUCUCUCGAUAUGAUUCGCAAAACAACUCAUAUAAAUGGUUUAUUCUCCGCUUUAAAGACAAACUAUGCCUUAAACAACACAAGCGUUACAAUAGCACCGCAAUCUUAUAACGACUGUGACUGUAGCCUUUCCUCAUACUGCACACAGCAAGCUUUAAUGUAUUCUGGCCCACAUGUGACACAGUCGAUCAAUAUACCCGGCUUUUAUCAUGGCUGUACUAUAAUUGAAGGAUUAUUUCGAUCUGAUCUUCGGUGUCUUUACGAUCGAAGUUGUCUUAUUCUAUUUCUGUCUCGUUUGACAUUUCCAGCGCAAGGAGUUCAUUGGAAGUUUCCGAAACCACUAUCCCGGAUUCUACCUCACAACAACGUUUCAGUAGAAAUCCUAGUUGAUACAUUAAUGGUCGAAUCAUGGUAUUCUGCUAUCUCAUAUGGAGAUUAUUUUGAACAGUGCAAUCCUACAUGUUCUUAUCUGACACUGGAGAAUAAGUGGAAAUAUAACACGGUGGGUAUUAUAUUUAUUGUUUCAUUAAUUAUUGGUAGUAUUUUACCGGUCUUGAAAUUAAUCAUAUCGAUGAUAACCAAUUUGAUUUUAUUUUGUAUACGUCGAGCACCAAAUCAAGUAGCUCCAGUCAUGGCGACUAUUCACACUUAA